AUGUAUUUAUUACUAUUCUCAAUAUUCACUGUUAAUUUAUUAGCAUAUCAAUUCCCUUUAGGGAAACAAGGUCUGUCUGAUCCAUUUAACAAUUUAGAUGCAAUUACAUUUAAUGCAAGAUAUCGCAUUUUUGCUCGAUUACAAAGUGGUUUAAAAAAUUACAAUGUAUUUUGGUCAGAUUUCGAAUCAUCAGGUAUUCCAUCAUCAACUGUGCCAUAUAUAUCAUGUCCGAAUAAUUAUAUACAAGUUCCUUCGAAUCGAAGACAAUGUAUCUUAGAUGGAUAUCAUCGUUUUCGUUGCAUUAAUAAUACAACUAUUAGUCAAUUCGAUAAUCUUUUUCAACGUGAUCAAGCAGCUAAUAUUCAAUCAAUGGGAGUUAUUUGGUCAUCACCAGCCAUCUAUAGAAAUGUUGGUUGCCAUGGAUUUCAUAGUGGUUCUUCUAUGGAAACUCGAGGCUGUGUACCAAACAAUGCAUCAUUAGAUGAUUUUGAAGAUUAUAUCAAUUUUUUAGCUCAACGUUACAAUGGAUUGAAUGGAUAUGGCCAUUUAUUAAAUUUUAUUAUCUGGAAUGAAGUAGCAAGUGGUGGUUGGUAUGAUAUGUCGCCAUUAAUAGAAACAGCACAUCCAGUUACUGAUCCUAAUCAAAUUUAUCUAUGGACAUCAUAUUAUGCUGAAAUGCUUCGUCGUGCACAAAAAGCCUUGAAUCGUCAUAAUCCUAAUGCUUUAAUAUAUGUAAGUUUAGAUCAAAUGUUUAGAUCCGAUCAAUCUCAUUGGAAUUAUCCUGCUAAUAUUGGAGCAAAGACAAUGCUCGACGGUCUUUGGACUGAACUUGGUUUAUCUGUUAAUUGGUCUAUUGCUAUUCAUCCGUAUCAAGAUCCAGAUCGAUUUAUUGAUGUUGAUACAUUAAAUUUCUUUAAUUUAUUUACUUUAUCAAAUUAUCAAGCUUUACAAUUGAUUAGUCGUGGUAUUCAAGAUUACGAGAAACGAUCACAAUAUUGGAUGGCUGCUACUGAACAAGGUUGGCCAUUACCACCUACUGUGGGAAAAGAACGUCAUGCACAAAUUAUCUGUGCAGCUCACAAUAUUGUCAAAACUAUGCCGAAUAUGAUUGGAACUACGCAUGAUAGUUUUCAACAAGUAUCACUAGAUGAUCCUUAUGGAUUAGUUCCUUAUGAAGCUGGUCUCAAUCUUGUCAAUGCUUCUAUGUAUCAAACAUAUAAAGCAUUUGUUUCAACAAGUCCAUCCUAUUGGGGAAUUCGACAUGAUCAUUAUUGUUGUCAAACUUGGCAGAUGGGUUGCAAUGGUACAGAUUUAUUAUCUUUAUCAAUAAUUGAUGGUGUUAUUGAUGGUUUUAUUACGAAUUCGACUACGCUAUCAGGAUGGGCAUGUCUUCAUGGAAGUCCAAAUGCUAUAUCCAUAUUUUUAUCAACGAGUUCAAUAACACAUCAACAAAUUCUUGGUCAAUUUUUAGCUGCAGAUCCUUGUGAAUCACCAGUAACAACACGAUGUCAAUCAUUUGGUAUGAAUUAUCGAUAUUCAAUUGAUAUGCGUCCUUUUCAAGCAACACAAGGAGAAAAAUUAAUUUAUAUGUAUGGGCGUUCACCAUUAGAUGGUUCAUUUACAAUGCUCGAACAUUCUGGCACAUUUAUAAUACCCAAACCUUAA